CAGCGUGUCACUGCGCCUAUUGUGAGUCCUGAACUGCUCCGGUUGUUGUGGAUGAAGCGGCGCUCCAUGGGACCGUCAGCUCCUCUCUCUCUGCUCUGUUAUGGCCUGCAUCGAGGUCCAAACACCAACCGUCUGCAGGGUUCUUCAGCUCAGACUUCAGCAGAGACGCACUCGGGAGCAGCUCGUGGAGCAGGGCAUUAUGCCACCACUGAAGACUCCUGCUGCCUUUCAUGAACAGAUACGAAGCCUUGAGAGAGCCAGGACUGAGAAUUUCCUGAAGCACAAGAUUAGUAGCAGACCCGAGCGCGCUGAGCUGGUCCGCAUGCACAUCCUCCAAGAGAGUCAGGCAGAGCCGUCGCUGCAGGCCACACAGAUGAAGCUCAAAAGGGCUCGUCUGGCUGACGACCUGAACGAGAAGAUUGCACAGAGGCCUGGUCCGAUGGAACUGGUAGAGAAGAACAUCCUGCCUGUAGACUCCAGCGUGAAAGACGCCAUCAUCGAAAGUGAGGUGAGCAACCAAAAGACCCUGGCUGUGUAUAAUGAUGAGGACAGCAGCGAAGCUGUGUCUCCGGAGGAUCCGGCCAGUCAGGAAGCUCAGUGCUCUGUCCCAUCACCCAGAGAGGCCAAACUGCCAGAGAUCUCCUCUGCUACUCUGACCGCUGGCUCCAACCUCCAGCCCUGUCCACCUCAGAGCCAGAGCUCAGAGUUACUCAGUCAGACAUCAGCAGAGGAUCAGACAAACACUCAGCCCGUAACUCCUGCUCAGCCAGUCUCCACCGCUCACCCUGUCAAAUCGGGCCUUACCCUUGUGAAGCAAAGCCAACCCAAGCUUCCCAGUGAAAAAAGUCGAAGCAAAAAGAGCAAGGAACCCAAGCCGAGGGUAAGGAAGCUCAAAUACCACCUGUAUAUUCCACCAGACCAAAAACAGGAGCCCAGUGAGGCCCCGAUGGACUCGGCCUAUGCACGAUUGCUUCAGCAGCAGCAGCAGUUUCUCCACCUGCAGAUCCUUAGCCAGCAACAGCAACACUACAACUAUCAAACCAUUCUACCUGCACCUUCACCUUUCAGGCCUUUGCCUAAGGUUCUUAGCAGCUGUCCUAACGGAGCCGUUGGAAACAGCAAAGUGUCCCUGCCCAGUGUUAUGCCUGGAGUCGGCAACAACAGCGUCAACAACUGCAAGCGUGGCCCUCGUCCUGCGAACCUAGACGAAAUGAAGGUGGCUGAACUUAAAAUCGAGCUGAAGCUGCGUGGUCUCCCUGUAUCUGGCACUAAAACAGACCUUAUCGAGAGGCUCAAACCCUACCAGGAGAGCUACAAGGUCACCAUCACUCAACAGACUGAGACCAAUGGCAUCAUUGCUCCACUGGCUAAUCAGAAGACAGAAAGCAUAAGCAUGACUCCCCCAGUGUCUCCAGUGCACUCAGAGGUUUCCACUGCGAGUAUGGAGGAGAGCAGCGACAGCAAAACCCUGGCUGCCGCAUCUCCAUCCAUCAUGAAGACAGAAGAUACAUCAGUGGAGGCGCCAGUACCUGAUAAAGAUCAGAGCCUGUAUGAGAAAGAGCGCCAGAUAGAAGAGUUGAUUCGCAAGCUGGAGCAGGAACAGCGUCUGGUGGAAGAGCUCAAGAUGCAGCUAGAGGUGGAAAAGAGGAAUCAGCAGGGAGUGGCGCAGCAGCAGAAGCAGGGUGAACCUGAAACUCUUAAUAGGAUAAAAGAGGAGUGCGAUGCUUUCUCCAGCUGUAGCUCCACUCUGGAAAAGGAAGAGUCACAGGAGCAGGGACAGCAUUUCUUCAUUGCUACAGCAGGCAUGCAGGCCUCCCAAACCAUCCUCAACUCUCAACCAGAGCAACAUAUCCUUCCCAAACCCAUCCAUCUUCAACAGACGCGUCCGGAUGUCCAAACCACAGUGUCCGUCUUGGCUCAAACAGAGAGUCCAGCAUUUCAGCAGAACACAAAUCCAACACAGGCUGCACCUCAAAUAAUAUCCGUGUGCAGCAGCUCUGGCCCGGGUGUACAGCUGGGGCAGGAGCAGCAAAGGCCUGAAGUGGCUCAGUCCUCUUCACCUAGACACAGUCCUCCAAAUGGAUUCAACACCAAACCAACUUCUCCCUGCCAGCCCACUUACAUCCUUCCACCAUCUCCAUUCAGCAACCAUCACAGCCCCAAGAACAAAGACCCUCCUCGCUAUGAGGAGGCUGUCAAACAGACUAGAGCACUUCAGGCUACUAUGCAGAUCCCCACCGCUGUCAGUCAGCACAUGGACGACUUGUUUGACGUCUUGAUUGAGAGUGGAGAAAUCUCUCCCCUGCUCCGACAUGAUCCUCACUCUCCGGAGAAACUUCUGCCUGUGACUGCCAGCGUCACCACUCUUCCCAUCAACACUGCACUGUCUCGUCCUCCACCUCAAGUCCACGUGGCCCAUAUGCCCAGUCUCGUGGCACUGGCCUCAGAUCACCAGCUGGAGGCUCUACUGGACGGAACGCUGGCACCCAACACAGAGCCUCGUGCUCUCCGCCUCAUGGAGGAACUGCACAGCCGGUUGUUUGAGUCACCCCCUUCACCUAUGGACACCAGCGAGCUGAGAUUUUCCACUCCGCCACCCCCAUCGCUCCAGCUGCACGACACCAACCUGGACAACAUGGAUUGGUUGGACCUGACCGUGCCAGGGUCAGCUGGUGUCUCUGCACCGGCCUCUAUCUUCUCCUCCAACUUCCUGGACUCUCACAAUUUGCAGUGGGACUGAGAGAAAAGAAGCUUCCGGUAAGAGGUAGAACUUCAGAGGUGGUGGAAGUCUUACAGUCACUGGGAGAGUCAGAGUUUUGGACCAGAUGGCCACAUGAUUACAGCACUAAAGAAUGGAGAAUUCUCUCAGCCUCCAUUAAGUCCAGAGUGUUGUUACUGGAUCUCUGUUAUAACUGUGUAACAGACACUGACCUUGAGUCCUUCAGCAACUGCAGUUUUUUUUUAUUUGGGCCUGUGUUGGUGGCCAGAUGUUUCAAAUAUGUGCACUGAUAACUGUCUUUGAAGACAGAAAGAAUGUCAGACAUUUCGUUAUUUUCCAACAUUUCCAAGAUA